AUGGUACCAGUCGCAAUUGAAGGAUGUAACCAGGGUGCUGAAGGUGGUGGCGCCCGGGGUGGUUCUAUUUCUUUAGCUUUGCUCAUAGACUUUAUUGUACAGAGAACUUACGAUGAGCUCACGGUAUUGGCUGAAUUGUUGCCUCGUAAAACAGACAUGGAACGGAAAAUUGAAAUUUAUAAAUUCAGUGCACGUACGAGACAACUAUUUGUACGAUUGCUGGCCCUUGUGAAAUGGGCAAGUAGUGCUACCAAAGUAGACCGUUCUGCACACAUAAUGGCCUUUUUGGAUAAACAAGCUCUUCUAUUUGUUGAAACUGCUGAUGUGCUGGCUCGAGUUGCUCGUGAGACCUUAGUACAUGCUAGACUUCCAACAUUCCACAUGGCUGCUGCAGUGGAGGUUCUGACAUUAGGUACAUAUAGCCGACUUCCAGCUGUAAUUCGUGAACGGCUCGUGCCACCACCAUCUUUAACACCUGCCGAACGUCGCUCCACAUUACGUGCCUUAGCACAUGUUGUCCGACAGCGUCUUACCACAGCAUCAUUACCAACUGACGUCCGAAAUCUAAAGGUCGAAAAUGGGAGAGCAACUUUUUCAGUUGGGCAGGAGUUCAGUGUGUCAUUAACAGUAAUGGGUGAUGCACCAAAUUUACCUUGGCGUUUAUUGGAUAUUGCUAUUUUAAUCCAGGAUUAUGAAACCGGAGAGGGUAAACCACUGGUUCACACUUCUCAAUUGACUUGGUUGCGGGGUGUUGCGCAAGCACGUUUAGCAGCAGCUGGCUUAAGUGGAGCGCUAGCUGCGUUGCGAUACUUCUGCCGCUCCCUUUCGCUGGAACUACUUUACACGCAAACUCUGCGGCUCUGUCGCGACCGUCUGUCGAAACAUUUGCAGGUCGAUAAGUACAUUCCAGGCCAGAAACUCCAGGUGUCAUAUUGGAGGGAGCUGGGCUGCGAGUUGGGAUACCGGGUGAUCGUGGGCGCUGAGGGGGAGUCCCUUUGCGUGUGGCACGUGCCGGCGCUGGCGGGCGGCGAGCGAGUGGCGGCCGCGCUGACGCCGCACGCGCCCUCUAUGGAGCGGCUGCUCGCGCACACCGUACACGUGCGCUCGCGUCAGCGCCUCAGCGACCUUAAAGUGCUGCUCAACGACCUCGGCGUGGAGUGCAGCGUGGGCGGCUGGCCGUGCGUGCUCGCGUGCUCUGUGGUGUGGCCGUGCCUGCGCGCCGAGCAGCUGCUGGUGUCGGUGGGCGCGCACGGCGGCCGGCUGCGCGCGCGCGUGCCCGCCUACCCGGCCACGCCGCGCAUGCCCGACCUGGCGGCCGCGCUCGCCGCCGCCAACGUGCCGCUCGUCAAGGCGCUGCUCACGCAGCUCAGAUUUUGGCUGGUCGCGCGUCGGUGCGAGAAAACGCUGCAGCACCUACCUGCAAGCGUAUGCGAACAUCUGCCAUUUCUCCACGGUCCUGAUCAUCCGUUGACCAAGCUUUCGCCCGACCGUCUAUACGUCACCUUGCAUCGACACACCGACCAUUUAUUAAUAGUCGAAAUGAAAGAGGUCGCCGCUGGAAGCACGGCUACUACGAGCAACUGCGCAAACAGUGGCAGCGCGUGUUCGGUCGCGCUGGCCUUCCACUUGGCGGGGGCGAAACGCUGCACGCCGGACGAGUGCGAGGACGAGAGCGGAGCAACUUCCAGUUCCAAUACACCGGUGGCAUCCCGUGCCUUUCUCAAAUUGCAUUCGCUCGUUGAACUUGAUACAUUCACCCUGACACACGGACCAUUCACGCCACUUGACACUCCUGGCAUGCAGCCGGGCAAGAGGAAGCUGUCGGCGAGCAACAGCCGCGCGGUGCGUGUCCGCCAGCCCGCCUACUUCCUGCCCGAGCUGGCGCACGUGGUCGCCGCCGCCGACGAACGCGUACCCUUUGUCAGCCUGGCGCAAGAGCUUGCGGCGCGCGGCGUGACGCACGGCGGCGUGCAGCCCGAGUGGAGCGGGUCGGCGCUGGCGAUGCGAGUGGUGGCGCUGCCACGGCCCGAGGGAGCCAGUGUGGCCGCGGCCGCUGCCCUGCGCGCACGUCUCCUGGCCGCCACCGUCCGCCUCACCACCAAGAACCAGGCGCGCGUCUGGACUGCGGAGAUCGUCUUCCACGGCUCCCCGGUCAGGACGCCCAACCCGAAGGAACAAGGCGAGAGGCGCUGUGUCUACCUACAGUACGAACUUGGGACCGACGCAGGACGCACUGCGGAUGCAUUCCUCGCAGAUUGGGCGGCGAUUGUGCAUCUGCAUACCCUGUUAUACGACUUCAUGCUGAGGCCUAGCCAAGAGCGAGAGACACUCUGGCAGGGCGUGUGCAUCCGCUCGUACACGUACCGCUCGCUGGUGCUGGGCUUCGGAGCGGCGCAGCGGGCCACGGCGGUGUUGCAGUGGUCGGCGAGUGCGCAGCGCUACACCGUCGCCACGCCCGCGCACCAGCCGGCCGCCAACGCGCACCACUUGUUGCACCACCACCUCGACCACUACAUCAACUGGCACAAAGAUCUCAUGUCGCUCGGUGUGGUGCUGCGAGAGACCUACGCGCCUCUGUUGGCACUCAGUCGCCUGCCAACUUUGCCCCAACUGGGACUGCACCACGUCCGCACUCAAAUGCCCACUCCCACGUUCACUUUACUUGCUCACUCCUGGAGAAAGAUUCGCAUUAUUUACGCGGGUGCGUACUCACUAGAAGUUGGUAUUCGGGGAGGGAAUAUGGUGACCAUUCGAGACGGGUCUUACUCCAAAUUCGAUCGAAGUACCGUUGUCGAUGAAUUUGCACCAGCUCUUGGUCUGAAGGCCUUUUUAUCAAGAUAUGUGGAAGACAAUAUUAGUGCAAGAUUGUUGGCGGAAGAAGAAAACCCGCCGUCGCCAAUGUCUCCCAUGCCACCAGGAGGCCUACGCUUCCCGGCGCCUUUGACGCCCCCGCAACCGCACACGCCUCAUUCAGCGCCUGUCACACCGCAUCCGGCCUCACCCGCCCAACAUCAGAUGGGCGGCGGCUCGUUCAACCUGACGUCGCCGCCGGGCGGUGGCGCUGCGGGCGCGGCGGGUGCGGGCGUGUCCGCGUCGCCCGCCUCGCCGCUGGCGCCGUCGCCGCUCGCGCCCGUCGCCUCGCCGCACCCGCCCCCCACCUCGCCCUUCACCGCGUGGCCCGCCUCGCCCUCGCUGCCGCGCCCCUCGCCCGGCCACCACCCCUCCCCGCGACACCACAUCGACCACAAAGGCCCUCAAGCGAGCUCGUCGACGGCUGCAAGCGGCCGCGGGGGCGGGGGCAGAAGUGCGGGGGGCGCCGCGGCCCCCCUCUGCGUGGGCAAGCUGGAGGUGCUGUGUACGCCGAGCGAGCCCCCGCCCGGCGCCCCCCCGGGCCCCCCACUCGCGCCUCUCCAGCGCUUCCUCGCCUGCGUCUACAUGAAACGCACGCUGCAGCGCUUCGUGCAGCAGGAGGACUUUUUGACGACGGUGUCCGUGGAGGCAACAAGCUUGACGUUCCGCUGCGAAGGUGCCGGGUUGGCGGCACGAGUAGCCCUACAUCCGCAACACAUGCAGUCGCUGCAUCUACAGCUCACGGCGCUGCCCGACCACAAGGACAUGUGGUCGGCCGACGAUCUGCAGGUGAUGGAGAGGUUCUUCGAGCAGCGCGUCGCGAUCCCGCCGUACCGCGCCACCGCGCUGCACGGGUGGGCGCGCGCGUGGGGCGCCCCCGCGGCGGCGCUGCCCUCGCUGGUGGCGCUCAUGCGCGCCGAACUGGCGCCCGCCGCGCCCGCCCUCUGGCAGCUGCAGUGGGCGCUGCGCAUCCCGCCCGCCGCGCCGCAGAUCGUGCCGGCGGGGCACCCGGCCGUGCUGCUCGCCAAGCACAAGAUACUCUUCUUCAUCUGCCUAACACGCGGCGACACGCAGCUGGUUCUGCCGUUGGUGUACGACGUGCAGAACAACAGCACACAGCUCGCGGACAAGCGUGACGCGCAGCCGCACCUUAUUGCCGUCAACUUGCACCUCAAGCGGUUCAGCGAGUUUAACCAGCCGCAUUCGGAGUGCACGCUGUGGCCGGCGGUGCGCGACCUGCUGACCAACUUCACGCUGCCCCAGGACGCGCCGCAGCCGGCCGCCCCCCCGCCCCCG